GACAGAGCAGGAAUGAAAACAAGAGAGGGGACACGCCUUCUCUCCUAAAAGGUUAUAGCAGCUUAAUAAGUGUCAGAACUGGGCAGCCCGUCGUGCUCACGUCGGGAGACCGAAUAACAACAACAAAAACACAGAAUAAUUAGCCUCGCCGAAAUGGAGUCCACAGAAAUGUCCGACUACGUUGCCAGCAGUCGUUGGUCAUAAGCGCUCGAACAUUAGCAGUAGAAUCGUGUGAAAGGCCAGCAGAACAUGCCCAACCAGAAGAGCAACAAGGGGAAGAAGAGCAAACGCACCAACAGUAGCGGAGAUGAGCAGGAAAAUGGAGCCUGUGCGGCCGCAACAGGAGGCGCGGCCGCGGCUGCUGCUGUCACUAUCACCGCCGCCGCCGCUGCCGCCGCCGCCGCCGCCGCCGCUGCUACUGCGCCCGGGAACGAGCGUUCAAAUGAGGUCAAGUGUGCGACCCCUCUGGGCUGCAGCCUGGGCCGUCCCAUCGACCUGGAGAAGGACGACUACCAGCGGGUGCUCUGCAACAACGAGCUCUGUCCCUACGGCAACUGGAUGCAUCUGCAGUGUUUCUACGAGUGGGAGAGCUCCAUCCUGGUGCAGUUCAACUGCAUCGGCCGCGCGCGGUCAUGGAACGAGAAGCAGUGUCGGCAGAACAUGUGGACCAAGAAAGGAUACGACCUGGCUUUCAGGUUCUGCUCCUGCCGUUGCGGCCAGGGUCACCUGAAGAAAGACACCGACUGGUAUCAGGUGAAACGCAUGCAGGAUGAGAGGAAAAAGAAGCCAUCUGAGAGGAGCACUGGGAGGACAGGGGCCAGUGGAGGGGCUUCUGGAUCUGGGGAUGGGUUGUUUGAGGAGCCCAGGAAAAGUAAGCCGGUGUUGGGAUCGCAUAAAACAGCACACAGAGCCUCGAGUCAGGAGCUACCGAGAAAACAAUCAGUGGAGCGCCAGAACUCUGUUGAGAGAGGAGCAGCAGGGGGACUCUUUCCUCUGGGACCUCCUCACAGAUCUCCAUGUGACUCCCCAGGACAAUCUCCCCCAUCUGGAUUUUCCUUCUCGCCAACCUCUGUCCUCGGACCUAGUGUAGGUGGGCCAGCUUUCCGGGGCUCCCGUCAAUUAGGAGAGUUCCUCAAAUCAGCGGUCCACAUGGACACACAGCGCAAGCACCUUUUAGUCGGAGGGGCCUUUAGCCGAGGCUCCGGCGGUAUUCCUCAGCUUGACCCCGCAGCUGUUCUACCCCUGCCCAUGGCCUUCACCCUCCCGCUUCAUCACCGGCUCACCUCGGGCAGUGUGGGUGAUGCCGCUCUUCCUCAGCCCGUGCAGUUCCUAAGGAGGCUGGACCUCUCGGAACUUCUCACUCACAUCCCUCGCCAUAAACUCAACACCUACCAUGUUCGCAUGGAGGACGAUGCCCAGGCGGGCCAGGGAGAAGAACUACGCAGGUUCAUCCUGUCCACCCUGAGCGCGAGCCAGAGGAACGUGGUCAACUGUGCGCUGUGUCACCGGGCACUGCCGGUGUUUGAACAGUUUCCGCUGGUGGACGGCACCAUGUUCCUCAGCCCGUCACGCCACGACGAGAUCGAGUACGACGUUCCGUGCCACCUGCAAGGUCGCGGGGGCAGCAGCCCAAGCAAAGAAAGCCAGACUUCCCUCUCCCCAGCCACUUCGUCCAGCUCCUCCCGGGGGAUCCCGAGGCGUUACCAGUUCCGUUUAGAUCGGUGAUGGUGAGGAAACCCCAUGUCAAAUGCGGGACACACACAUCGAAGCUUCCAGACACGCAGUAUCACUCGUUUUGCUUCAGUAUCAUUUCACCCACCCCUCGUCAUUGCUGUGUGUGAGUGACAGGAAGAAAAGCACCGACCCACUCGUUGGUUUGUAUGCAUAAAUAUGAACACCAAAACUCCUUGAAGUGGUAUCAUUAAAAGGCCGAGCAUUAAUCAUCAGGAGGCAUGUAUGAGACAUCAAUAUAGAAGAUUCAACUUUGCCGCCUUGAACCCCGCAAAAUGACGCACCUCCAUUCCAAAAGUUUCAGAACAUUUCAUAUAGCAGUAAUUAUGUCUAACAUAUGUACACUACUGUACAUGUAAACACAUUUUUUUACAUCCUUUGCUUUCAUACGUAUUGUUUUAGGGAGGUGACAAUAUGGAAAAUGGGUUCAAAAAUGACUUAUUAAAAUCUUUUAACCAAGUUUUUUUUCUAUUUUAAUGAAAUAAAAUACAUAGACACACAAUAUACUAACAUCAAAUAUUGUUCUGGUUUCUUAAGAUAUUUUUUUGUCUCGAGGUGUCAAACUCAAGGCAGUUCUGACCCGCCACAUCAUUUUAUGUGGCCCGCGAAAGCCUGGACAAAAAUGGUGUGAGGAGGCGUGGCCUGCGGACCUGCAGCGAGGCGGGGUGUGCCAGGGCCGGCUCCGAGAUCGGCGAUAGGUGUGUGGAUGGCCCAGCUGGGCGCGUUUGUCUGAUCACCUGUCACCCCGUAAAAGGGCAGCAGCCGAGAGGAGAGUGGUUGAUGGUGGAGAGAAAACCCGAGCACGAGUGAGACGGAGACCGAGACGGAGACCAGAGCAGAUGGCUGAAAAGCAACCGGAAGAACGAGAUGUCACGAUAGGCGAUUGCUGGAAAGCAGAGCGAUGAGUUUAUUGAAAAAUGAACAAAAUCACAAAACCGUCAAGCCUGUCAUGUCUCUACUGGGUGGUCCGAGGAACCUGAAGGUGCAAGACCACCACAAAUGGGUUUCAAUAAAAAGAACCACUGUGUUAAGAAACACUAAAAUAUAUAGAGUGCAUAAAUUGUGGUAGUCAGUAACAUGUUCAUCUGACAGCAUCCUCAGGGACUCAUCCCACCCAGGUCACCACUGGCUUGAACGCUUGCCCUCAGGGAGGCGCUAUAAGACCAUCAAAGCAAGGACAAAUAGACUGAAAAACAGAUUCUAUCCUAGAGCUGUUAUUUGCCCUAAACUCUGCACGUACCUGAACACUCACCACUUUAUUAACUUGCUUACCUCUGAUAGAGAUCUACUGUGCAAUAUGUUUUUAACAUUUUAUUAUGUUUUUAAAUUUGAAAUUGUUUUAUUAUUGUUUGUUGUCUUAAGACUAUUUUCUGUAGGUUGUUUUUAAAAGCACUGAGCUGGAUUGCUGUCCAAUUUUGUUGUUUCCAUACAAUGACAAUAAAGGUAUUCUGGUUCUGAUCUUUAGAUCGAGUAAAGUAGAAAAAUGGUGACAUCACUCAAUCCUGGAAACAUGAAAAACAACAAUCCGACACACCAGAAGUACAUUGUUGCACCACCUCUGGCUUUUAUAUUAGCUUAGUCUCUGAGACAUGGACUUAACGAGUAACAAACAGAACUCCUCAUGCUCCAACUGUCUCUGAUUGCUGUUGUCAGAUCAGCUGUGCAGGUUGGAGUCUUGUCAAGGAAUAUUUUCUUCAAUUUCCACCACACAUUUACAAUUGGAUUGAGAUCCGGACUAUUUUGCAGGCCAUGACAUUGAUUUGUGUGUCCUUCUUUCUUUGUUUUAAGGAAAGUUUCUACACUUUUUGUUGGAUGGCAAGAUGCAUUAUCAUCUUGAGAAUGAUGUCAUCAUCCCCAAACAUCCUGUCCAUUGAUGGAAUAAGAAAAGUGUCCAGAAUGUCCACGUAAAAUUGAAGAUGUGAUGGCAGCCAUCUCCCCGGUGCCAUUACCUGACAUGCAGCCACAUAUCGUCAAUGACUGUGGACAUGUGCAUGUUUUCUUCAGGCAGUCGUCUUCAUAAGUCACAUUGGAACAACACUAAACAAAAAUUCCAAUGCAUAUCACUGAAUACGACUUUCAUCCAGUCAUCCAUAGUCCACCAUUGCUCGUCCUUAGCCCAUUGGAUCCUUGUUUGUUUCUGUUUAGGUUUUAAUGACUUGCUCUUGUUGACUUUUUCUCUAUUUAAAUCCCAUUUGCUGCAGUUUCCACCCAUUGGUUUUAUUGUGUAUUUCCUCGUUUCAAGACAUGUUGCUUGGAAGUUUUCGGUCUUGAUGUUUUCCUUGGUCUACCAGUAUGUUUGCCUUUUACAACCUUCCCAUGUUGUUGGUACAGAGCUGACUGUGAACAAUCAACAUUGUUUGCAACAUGGCGUGAUGAUUUACCUUAUUGAAGAAGUUUGAUAAUCCUCUCCUUUGUUUCAAUUGAAAUCUCACACGCUGCAGCCAUGAUUCAUGUCAAUCCACCUGGUGCAACAGCUCACUAUUGAAUUGUUUUAAUCUGAUGCAGGUGUUAGCUUUGGAAAUUAAUAUUUACUGGGUGAUUCCAUAAUUUUUUCCCCCCUCAGGAUUAAGGGAUUCUGUUUUUUUUUUCUUUUUUACUUUGCUUGAACUAAAAAUGAAACUGUUACUGACUACCACAGUUUAUGUUCUUGAUUUAUGUUAGUGUUUCUUAAAGCCAGAAAGCUGCCAUUUGAAAUGACCAUAGUUUGUUAAUUUUAUGUCUGUUAUCUGCUUUUUUUCUCUACAAAAUUAAACAACCAAAUGAACAUCCUCCAAGUCUGGUGAUUCCAUCAUGUUUGCCAGGCUUGUAGAUCGAUCACACUCUUCUAAGUGAGCACAUCUUGUAGGUUCAAUACGCACAAUUGAAAAUCUUAAGUUACUCAGACAAUAAAGUGUUUGUACUUGUUUAGA